AUGGGGAUUCUUAAGCAGAUAAAACCAGAGACUCAGGUGGAACAACAUCUGGGUGGAACGACGUAUGGGUUGCAAGCCUGGUUAAGUGAUUCGUAUGAAAGGAUCUGCCGUUACCUUGCCGAAGAAAGCCAGUCGGUGGUUGUGUCUGCGGGGUACCGCUUAGCUCCUGAGCACACCUACCCUGCUGCGUACGAAGACUGUCUCAAUGCCACCAUCCACUUCAUGAAGGACAUCGAGCACUAUGGCGUGGAUCCUGCCAAUGUCAUUGUCUGUGGGGACAGUGCUGGGGGCAAUCUAGCAGCUGCUGUUAGCCAGACCCUGGCAGGCAGAACAGACCUCCCCAAACUACGUGCCCAGAUCUUGAUCUACCCAGGCUUCAAUUUACCAUCCUAUCAUCAGAAUCAGGGAGUCCGUCUCUUGUUCCGAGAACGUGCUGCUUUCUUUGCUUUGCAGUACCUAAAUGGGGAUGCAUUGCAUGUGCAAGAGGUCUUGGAGGGCUCUCAUACAGAAGUUUACGAGACAGUGAAAAGAUUCUGCGAGCCCAACCUGUGUCCUCUGUUGGCUGAAGAUGCUGUUGUUCACCAGCUGCCUGAGUCUUUCAUCUUGACUUGUGAGUAUGAUGUGCUCAGAGAUGAUGGCUUGCUUUACAAGAAGAGACUGGAGGACAACGGUGUUCGAGUGACCUGGUACCACCUUGAGGAUGGAUUCCAUGGAAUCAUGGAUUACUGUGGUUUCUCAUUUCCAUCUGGGAAAAGGGGGUUGGACAGAAUUGUUAAAUUCAUAAAAGGACUGUAA